GAAAAUGUUUUCUAGAAUUAUACCCCUUUUAUUCCUGACUAUUGUCACUGUUGGAAUAUUUGCUGCCCCUUUUAGACAAGAAUUUGAUAUUCUGGUUGGAGGCAAUGGAGAUUCGAAUAUGAAAGAAUCAGAGACAUUUUAUAUUGAAUACGAUUCCGACUCUGGUUGUGAUUGUGUGAAAGACACUGACUCUCCGCUAGCAGGACUGGAAGGGCUUGAACUGGAAGGGGACACGUUGGAGCUCGAAGAAUUAAUAAUUAACAUCUAAUCGUCAUAAAAGUGUGCAUCUUAUAAACUUGUAUGGAAUAAACUUUGCAAUAUA